AUGGGCGAGGUACAACAAUUGCGUACAGAAAUCACUUCAACGUUUAAACUGAAUGGUUUUACCUUACGUCGGGAUGCAGGAACAUUUCUGGCUGAAGAGCUCCUACUGUUGCCACCCUCAGAACGUGACACAAUCCUCGAGAAGCUGUCAGCCCAUUUACUUCAUCAGUGUGUAACCCAGCCUAUAUUAGAGAAGGAACAGAUAGAAAUAGCCUUCAAAGAGUGUUCUACAGCUGGACUGGAAGAACACGAAACUGUCCUUAAUAUAAUAGAUGCAUUCACGGUGCCGAAGCUAUGUUACGACUAUGAACUGAAGAAAUUCGUGAAAGACAUCACUAACGAGAAAUGUUUACUACCAGAUCCCCGAUGGAAGUCUCGCUUCAUGAUAGACAGGUACACAGUGAUAUGGCAGAGAACACUCAGGAAUAAACUGUUCACAUUAGACAAAGUGCAUUCUUCUGAGAGUGAUAAACGUUUUCAGUUGCGUCGAGUUGAGUUUUUACUAAGUUGCUCCAGCAGAGUCAAUGAUGUAGUUGUGUUGGGGCUGCUGACACAGGUUAUUGAGAGACAGUACCAUUUGGAAGACCCUACAGGCUCAGUGUUACUUGAUAUAUCCAAUGUGAGGUACCACUCUGGCUUGUUCACAGAAGGCAGUUAUGUGUUAGCUGAGGGCUACUUCGAAGACAAGACACUACAUGUGACUGGUCUAGUGCAGCCCCCAGUGGAGAGUAGAGAAGAGUCUUCCCCAUAUUUUGGUAACCUAAAUACAUUUGGAGGAAAAUCAAGGACUUCUCUGAAGAACUCUAAAUCUCUCUUGAAAAUUGAGAAUGACAAUAGAGAUGGUGUUAUUGUAUUUGUGUCUGAUGUUUGGUUGGACAGUCCCAAAGUGAUGGACAGACUGAAGAAACUAUUUGCUGGCUUCGAUGACUUUCCUCCUAUAGCUAUUGUUCUCAUUGGUGAAUUUCUAUCAUGUCCAUACACUUAUAAGUUCCAUAUGCACCUUAAGAAUGGAUUGAAUACAUUAGCGGAUACAAUAUGUCAAUUUAGGAAUUUACGCGAUUACUGCAAGUUUGUAUUUGUACCGGGGAAGUCAGAUCCUGCUGCAGCAAAUGUUUUACCUAGACCGCCGCUACCAGAAUACAUAACAGAUACAAUACAGAGGAAGCUUGGUGACAGUGCAAUAUUUACAACAAACCCAUGUCGAAUACAAUAUUGUACACAAGAGAUUGUUGUAUUCAGACAGGAUUUGGUGAUGAAAUUAUGUAGGAAUGUUUUACACUUUCCUGAUAAUGGUGAUAUACCGGAUCAUUUGACAAAAACUUUGCUAAGUCAGUGUUGUUUGACACCCAUGUCCUUGGGAGUGCAGCCUGUGUUCUGGAGACAUGCUAGUGCGUUAAACCUUUAUCCGUUACCAGAUCUUGUAGUAGUGGCUGAUAAUUUCCAACCGUUUGUGAGGAAUUACAAGGAGUGUCAAGUUAUAAAUCCCGGUUCUUUCCCUCGUACUGAGUUUACAUUUAAUGUGUAUGUUCCUGCUUCUAGGACUAUUGAAGAGUCACAGAUACCUAAUGAUGAUGACGAUGAUGAUGUUUAA